GGUCAUUAUAAACCAUGCUCUGUUACCAACCAAAAACUUUUCUUGAAUCCAUAAAUCCAUUGUUUUACAUCAACUUUUUGAUGGGAAUGGUCACUCUUCCGCGACGAAAUCGAGGUUGUUUGUUACAUUCGUUAGCAAUUUUCUUUACAAUUUCGGUGAACUUUGGAAAUGUGGUGUCGACUUACAUUGGCAGUCGGGACUUGAUAGAGGCUGCGCGUGAUGGGAUGUUUGUGUCCUCAUUGAACAUAGCUGUAAAUUCGUUCAUUGUAGUGAUUUUGACAAAUUCUUUUCAUACUAUGAUCGCUCCAGUCUUGGUCGGCCUCCAAAAUAAAGCACUGACAGAAUAUUCCCACCUGAUACUAAUAUUGGAUGAGAAAUUUAAGAUGAUCUUUGGAGUUGAAGUUCAGAAAGAACAUCGGCGACGCUUUGUCCGUUUGUGUUUCCAAAUUGCAGGGAUCAAGCUUAUUACAUUUUGUGUAGGCCUUGUGAACGGCAAUAUGCUCCUUGAGGAUGGAAUUUCAGUGAGUAAUUCCAUCAUUAUAAAAACCAUGUUCCAACCGAUAUCUGUUAUCAUCAUAUUGAACUUGAACUUUUGGACUCUGCUAGGAUAUGUUGGAGAAAAAUUGCGAGAUUUGAAUGUUGGUUUGUUGCGACUAACAGAGUCAACAACUUGUUUUUAUCCCAGAGGGAAUGAGCAGAUCGACAUAUCUAGCAAUGUUGCAGCAUUGGAAUCUCCAAUAUGGGAUGUAGAAAAUUUGAUGAAUGAUAAACGCUACUUCCUGAAAGAAAUUAGGUCAGUAGUUUGUGUUGCAAGUUUUACUAAUGUGACUUACCGGUACUGGGGAGCUUUGGUAAAAUGCAGAAAAGUUCAUUUGGAACUCUGCAAGCUGUCCCAAGAAAUCAACAAUUGUUUUGGGGUGCAAAAUCUUCUGGCAGCAGGAACAUCGUUUGUCAUAGUAACGGGAUUAUUGUAUACGAUUUACGCAGCCCUAGCAUUUCCACGAUCUUCAAUUCCCAAUCUAACUACUUUUCUGGUUGUCGUAUGUCUUUGGAUAAAAAUUUACUCCCUCAGAAUUUGGAUGAUUACACACAUCUGCUGGAGUGUUAACAAUGAGGCUGAAAGAACUGGAGCAAUCAUUUAUGGUUUUUUAAAAGUAAACCAUGAUUACCAGCUUAGGCAAGAGAUGAAGAACUUCUCACUGCAAGUGGUACAGUUCUCCAUACGUUUCAAUGCUUGUGGAUUCAUCCCUCUAGAUCACACGUUGAUCCAGGGAGUGAGUGAAUUUAUUGUUCGUGUCAUAAUCAUUGAACAUUUUAGACUGUUUCUGUAUUGUUCGAUAAUUACAGGUGAUCGCAUCUAUAACAACUUACCUAGUGAUCCUUAUUCAGAUGAGUUCCAUACCCAGCAACAUUUCCCACCUCACCUCUAAUUCUUCAGCCAAUCAUACCAGCGUUUGAAUUGUGACAAAAUACAAACGAAUGGCAACAGCAAGAUACUCUGAUACCAUGGAUCGUCACUUUUGAGGUAGUGAAAAUAGUAGCGUAGUUGACAUAGAUUACAAGUACUUUAUCUUUUGCAAAGGCAUACUCAUAUAGUAAAUGUAUAUAUAAAAAAAAGACCUAUGAUGGUUGAUUAA